GUACGCCCUGUAGCCCGCAGGAUCACGAGCUACAGGAAGACGCGCUGAAGCAAUUAAGCAGCCGCCGGAUGAAACUAGACUAGAUAUCUGUGGCAAAUGCGCAAAGCAAGUAUCGACGACAAGUAUAUAUGUGUAGCGAUUAAGCGUGCUUGUCGAGUAUAAAUAGGAGCUAAUUACAUCAUGUUUCUCCAGUACAUACCCAGCCGCGCUAGCGACACACUAGAACAAAUACAUCAGGUGAGCGGAGAGUAGAUCGAUGGACAUGGAGAUCCCCGUGAUCGACCUCAGUGGGCUCGGCAACGGCGACGCCACGGAGCGGUCGCAGACACUGGCGCGGCUCCACGAAGCCUGCAAGGACUGGGGCUUCUUCUGGGUGGAGAACCACGGCGUGGACGGCGCGCUGAUGGAGGAGGUGAAGAGCUUCGUCCACUCCCACUACGAGGAGCAACUCAAGGACGAGUUCUACGCCUCCGACCUUGCCAAGGAUCUGCACGCGGCGGCAGCCGGCCGCCCUGAGGAUCAGGAUUCUUCCAACAAACACGUCUCCGAUCAGGCGGUGGACUGGGAGACCGCCUACUUCGUCCGGCACCACCCCAACAGCAACGUCGCCGACUUCCCGGAGAUCCCGCCGGCGACACGAGAGGUGCUGGACGUGUACAUCGGCCAGAUGGUGUCCCUGGCGGAGCAGCUGGCCGAGGGCAUGAGCCUCAACCUGGGCCUGAAGGGCGGCCCAAACCACAUCAGGGACACCUUCGCGCCGCCGUUCGUGGGGACCAAGUUCGCCAUGUACCCGGCCUGCCCGCGUCCGGACCUCGUGUGGGGCCUCCGCGCCCACACCGACGCCGGCGGCAUCAUCCUGCUCCUGCAGGACGACGUCGUGGGCGGGCUGGAGUUCCUCAGGCCCACGGGCGCCCGCAGGGAGGAGUGGGUCCCGGUGGGCCCCACCAAGGGCGGCAGGAUCUUCGUCAACGUCGGGGACCAGGUGGAGGUGAUGAGCGGCGGGGCCUACAGGAGCGUGCUGCACCGGGUCGCCGCAGGCACCGAGGGCAGGCGGUUGUCCGUGGCCACGUUCUACAACCCCGGUGCCGACGCCGUCGUGGCGCCGGCGGCGAGGGAGGCGGAGGAGAAGGAGCCGUGCUGCUGCUACCCAGGGCCGUACAGGUUCGGCGACUACCUCCAGUACUACCAGGGCACCAAGUUUGAAGACAAGGCGGCCAGGUUUCAGGCCGUCAAGAAGCUCUUCGGUUAACCGGCCGGAUUCUGCACGUAUGCAAGCUUGAUUAGGUGUGCAUCUUGGGGUUUGACUUUUACGGUUAAUCUAAUCAACAGACGUCGCCAUGCUUGUCUUACCGUGGGACGGAUUCUCUUGGACUGUGUGUCCGAUUUGGAUCACCACGGGCGAUACCAGCGUGAGGAGGAAGAAAGGGGAUGAACAGGAGAUAGAGAGCAGAGGGAUGCUAGACUGUUACAUUCGACGAUUCUCCCUUCUCUCAGGUUUUUUUUAAUAACAACGAUCUGACUUUAUUGAUUCA